GCCGCCGUUUCCGUACGGACUCAUUUUCAGGUCGGACAGCAUUACAAUCGGCUUCUGUUUGAUAUUUUCCAGCAUGUAAUUGUCGCAAAAAAAUGUCUCGCUGGUCGGUUUUUGUUUUGUUAAUGUUUAUUUUUCGCUGAGUUCAAGCGUUAACGGACACUCGGCGGAAGACGGACGGUGUCGCAGAUAAAAACCGCUAAAUAAAAGGUGAAAAUGUUGAACCCGGAGCGGCGGUUCGUGUGAACCGCUACAUGCUACGUGUACAGUAACAGCUAACCUGUUAGCCGACAGACAUGCAACCAGAACAAACCGGUCAGAAAUAUGGCUUUUAACUUUGUAGUUUACCGAGCAAAUGUUUACAAGCUGUAAAACUAAAGUGCCGGAGGGUUUGUGUGGUGGAAGAGUUAGCAUGGAGGACAGUUUGGGCUCCGUCAACACUUUACAAAUGAGAAGGGAUGGAGCCGGACUGAAAUCAGGGCAGCUGUGAGGUCGUAAACAUGAUGUACUCAUCGAGAAGAAAGCCUGUCCUCUAUUUCAAAGAGGAGAGGAGGUUCCUGUCUGGUAAAUGUACUGUCUACAAGCUGUUCGGCCUCUGCAUGGUGCUGCUGUUCGUCUCUCUGUUCUGGCUGCAGUUCAGCUGUUCAGGUGACAUGUCUGCCACCGCCUCCAUGCACGGAGACGGACACCUCCGCCAGCAGCCGCCGCCGCCGCCCUGUCCUGCUGACGGUCAGGCGUCUGCAGCGGACGACCCCUCCUGGGGUCCUCACAAACUGGCCCUCAUCGUCCCCUUCAGAGAACGCUUCGAGGAGCUGCUGGAGUUUGUUCCCUUCAUGCACACGUUUCUCAACAAGAAGAAGAUCCGCCACAAGAUCCUCAUCAUCAACCAGGUGGAUCACUACAGAUUUAACCGAGCGUCUCUGAUCAACGUGGGUCACCAGGAGAGCGGCAACGACACAGACUACCUGGCGAUGCACGACGUGGACCUGUUGCCCCUGAACGAAGCUCUGGACUACGGUUUCCCCGAGGACGGACCGUUCCACGUGGCCUCGCCAGAGCUGCACCCGCUGUACCACUACAAGACCUACGUGGGAGGAAUCCUGCUGCUCACCAAGAAGCAUUACCACAUGUGUAACGGGAUGUCAAAUCGGUUCUGGGGUUGGGGCAGAGAGGACGACGAGUUCUACAGAAGACUGAGGAAAGCUGAGCUACAGCUAUUCAGACCGAGUGGAAUCACGACAGGAUAUAAAACCUUCCUCCACAUCCACGACCCGGCCUGGAGGAAGAGAGACCAGAAGAGGGUCGCCGCUCAGAAACAGGAGCAGUUUAAGGUGGAUCCGGAGGGGGGGCUGAGUAACCUCCGUUACCAGGUGGAGUCCAGAAAGGAGCUGACCAUCAGCGGCGCUCCCUGCACCGUCAUCAACACCAAACUGGAGUGCGACCAGAACCAGACGCCCUGGUGUCUUCUGGCAUAGAGGACGUGCGCAGGACGGGUGUCGGUUCGGUUCUGACGGGGGUCCGAGUCCCGUUGGUGCACCUGGAGGCUUUAAUGUUCUUCGUCUGGCAGUGCGACGCAGAUCCUUUACAGAAGCGCUGGUCGUGGUUCUAGUUUUUUUUCCAAGAGACUUUUCAGUAGCACUGACAGAUCUGCAGCUGCCCUCCGGUGAAACCAAAUGUGGAAAAAAAUAACGGUACAAACAGACAUAUUGAACCUUGAUGAAUUGAUUCCCACGCUGAACAGAAGCAGGACACGCCCUUGUGGUAACCUGGAGCUUAAUAUCCCCGAGGAUCAAACAAACUACAUUUCCCUAUUAACAGGUACAUCUCGACGAUAAAACUGCUGUUUUUUACAAGCCAGUUAACAUUUUUCAGUGGAUUAAAACCUCCUAAUGAUGGUUUCUCACCUGUCAAACUGCUCAGUUCAGUUACAGAACUUUUAUGAACAUUAAGUCGGAGACCGGUGUUGAACAGCUCCUGUCCGACUGAACUGAAAAACCUGAACUGACUCGAAACGUUUGACCUCAAACCUCAGUGAGUGGAUGGAGACGGACUGUUACACAAAACCAGCCUGAACCGAACUAAAACAGUUGAGCAUGGCCGAACUUGAGCUGUUCUAGUUGAUUUAAUCUUUGGUUUUGGUACCUGCUGGCAUGGUGUGAAUGCAAACUUAAAGUCUGUUAUUUUUAAUUUUUUUUUUACUCUGGGAUUGUGCAAAUGGAGCGGAGCAGAGAUGAUGUUGGGACGGCGACCAACAAAGCACGCUUCACCAGAUUAUCACAUACAUCUGCCAAACAUGCAUCAAUACUGUAACGUCAGAGGGUUUAUUUCAGAUUUUUAUCCAUGUUGGAGAAAAGAAUCAAUUUUAAAAUUCUUCAAAAGCAAAAGUGUUUUUUGCAAAACUACUAAUGUCAAAAGUAUCUCGUGAUAUUUUUAUUUUCCUGCUGACACUGUUUAAAACGAAGAGAGCCAAGUCUGACUCAAACUCGUGUUAUCUAAUGGGGGGGAAAGCAGUCACUGUAUGACUUUUUAUUUUUACUUUUUUUACAGUAUGUCCUUUUAACAGAGAGUCGCACUGAAUUCACCAAAGGAAAAAAAAAAGUAUAAUUAAUCAUAAUUACGACGUAGUAUCUAAUAAUUAAAAGAUCUUUUUCUCGUUAUGAGAAAACGCCUCCAAAUUAAAUUUCUUUAGUGAGUUCAGUGUUUCUGUACAAAGUAAACUGAGCCAAACCACGCAGAACUGAGCUGAAACUAAACACUAGUGAACAUUUGGAGAAAUGAUCAGAUAAAUCGAUAUUUUAAUCCAACAUCACUGGGACGGAUUGGUGUCAUCUUUUAAAAAAAAAAAAUAAUAAUCUGACUGAGAAGGAACCAAAGAAUCACUCUUUGAGCGACAGUCUGCAGGAUAAAGCGCUGUGACUAAUGAUUAGUUUUCAUUAUCAGUUAAUUAAUCUGAUUAUUAAUCUCGAUUCGUCUAUUAAUGAUUAGGUCUGUCUGUCAGACAACAGUGAAUAAUGUCCCAAGUUCCCAAAAGUGCCAAAACAACUUUUGAUCAUAUCACAUGAUCUUCUUCACUUCCUUUUUUAAAUUGUAUUUUUAAAGGGUCAUUGCAGAUUUUUUAUUUUUUUUUUAUUUACAAAAGAAAGACGUCAUGUUCUUGUGAAUUUACACCUCAGGGCCCUUACUUCCCAUGUUAGGAGCAUCCAUUUGAAAAGGCCUUUUAAAGGUUUUUGAAAAAGGAAUGAACAAAUGGUUCGGGGGGUAAAACCGUCACCACUGAAAGUAUUUGUUGUGUUUUGUUGGUGGGAAGCCAGUGAGGGAUCUCGUCCUUGUUACAUGCAGAUUUUCAACAUAUUUCAGCUCUGAGUCAACAUAUAACCAUCCUGAGGAAAAACUGGAAUAUAUAUAUAUAUAUAUAUAUAUAUAUAUAUAUAUAUAUAUAAUUUUACCUUGAGAAUGCAGAAUUUGGCUCCUUGAAUUACGCAAAAGACCACGAGAGUCAUUGAAAAGUCCUUGAAACAGAUCUCCAGGAGAGCGCAUAAACCCUUGAGUUCCUCUGAAUCUGACCACGUAGAAAUCCUGCUAAACGGUUCUGUUACAGCCUGGCUUUUAGUUUUAUAUUCAAAGGGCUGCUGACGCUGUCUUGUUCUCUGCUGUUGUUAUGUACUGGUCGGCCUCCGGAUGGCGCUCUGGAGUUUUUAUAGGGCCAUUAGCAAUGGUUUUAGACCGUCUGUACAUUUACAGGCCAUGAUGUCAUACUGAUUUUAUUUUCCAGACACAACGGUACCAUGUAUUUGUACAUUAUUCAGUAUUUAUAUAAAUCUGAGUCUAGAAAAAAUA